GUCAUAUUACGUCAUCAAUAGUGGACAGACCAUGCUGGUCCUGGAUUCGAAGCCAUAGACAUUUCUGGCAAAGCGUCCAAAAAUGGCUUCAGAGGACGCGUUUAAAGUGUCAUCACUGAGGGGGAAGGUGGCCCUGAUAACGGGGGCCAGCUCUGGGAUCGGGGCUGGUACCAGCGUGCUGUUUGCUAAACUCGGAGCUCUGCUGGCUUUGAACGGCCGAGACGUUCAGAACCUGCAGAAAAUAGCCAAGCAGUGCGUCGAAUGUGGCGCUGCUGAGCCUCUGCUUGUUCCUGGAGACCUGACUGAUGAAGACACAGUGAGGAAGACUGUGGAUCAAACCAUUAGCCGCUUUGGCCGGCUGGAUGUCCUGGUUAACAGCGCUGGCAUCCUGGCUAUGGGCAGCAUUGAGACCUCAGACUUGGCUCAGUAUGACAAGAUCAUGAAUGUUAACGUCAGAUCGGUCUACCACCUGACUCAGCUCUGUGUACCUCACCUGAUCAAGACCAAAGGCUCCAUCGUCAAUGUUUCCAGUGUGAAUGGGCAGAGAUCUUUCCCUGGUGUGUUGGCUUACUGCAUGUCCAAGUCUGCCAUUGACCAAUUUACACGUUGUAUAGCUCUUGAGCUGGCAUCGAAGCAUGUCAGAGUAAACUCUGUCUGUCCUGGAGUGAUCAUCACAGAUGUCCACAGAAGAGCUGGACUGGAUGAAGACCAGUAUGCCCAGUUUCUUGAAAAGUGCAAGCAGACGCACGCCCUGGGCCGGCCGGGUGAGGUGGACGAGGUGGCGCACAGCAUCGCCUUCCUGGCGUCCGACGCUGCCAGCUUCAUCACUGGGGUGAACCUACCGAUUGAUGGGGGUCGCCAUGCCAUGUGCCCAAGAUGAGGGAUGUUAAAAUGCAAAAGCCGGAGAAUAAAGGCAUUUGAAUAAAGGGUCUCAGUGACAGUGAAGUUUUUGUUGGUUUGUUUGUUUUAUCACAGAAGCCAGGAAGGAAAAGUAGACGUAUUAAUAGUAACUUAGAGUAAUUUAAUGUCUGCAAAUAAUGUAACAACUUUGGCCAUCUAAAAUGUAAUAAAGUUCAAGUGUAAUAUUGUUGGAUGUAGUAACAUUUUGUCGGUUAAUAUGUUAAAGGUAUAGCAUUAAAAAAUGUACUGUAAAUCCAACAUACGCAGCUGAAAACAUAUCAAUAGGGCUUUGUGGCAUUUUGUUUUUCAUACAGUUGGCUCAUUAAAAAUAGGAAAAUGAUUG